GUAAGACAGCACCGCUGGUGGCGCCAGCACAUGACGAUGGUGAGACGCUGGGAAAGACGCGUGAGCAGGUGGAGCGGAGCAGAGUUUUUUGGAAAUGUCAGAUGUUUGCUCGGUAAUGGAGUUUACAGCGCGCAUCACACAGCCAAUCCCCGCCCGAGUCGUUCGGAGGAGCCGGAGCUCAGUGUGAUCCUGUGCGUAAAAUCUACCUGUCAGACGCAGCGGCGGUGCCACAGCAGCAGCAGCACCACCACCAGCAUCAGCAGCAGCGGCAGCAGCAGCCAGAGCUCACUCCUCUCCUCCACACCCGGAAAAGCUGCCAUCUAAACGGACUACGCUGCGUGUGCGUGUGAUACAAAGUGAUAAUGUGAAGUGGAAUUCUGUGGGUUCGUCCCUCUCCGUCGACUCAGCUGCGCCAAGGAACGAUGCUGAACAAACCUGCGGGGGAAUUUUCUACUUCAGGUUUUUCCAGCUGCCAAAUCCUCCGUCCUCUGACCCACUAGACGUGUGAACCUGCCACCAUCAUGGAGAGCCUCAGUGAGCUCCAGAACCCCCUGCUAGACAAGACCAGUAAACAUGUGGUCCACAGCGACUACCAGGGUUACCAGUGUGACUACCCGAGCCAGCCCUACCAGGAAAGCCUGAUCGGCUACUACUACACGGGGACUAACGGCAAACACAAGACUCCGCAGUUCCUGGACGCGACGUCCCUGCAUCUCGCCGUGGAGGCGUUCUACAGGCCCAACUUCAUCCUGUACAAAGACGACGUGAGUCUCCACAGCAAGGACUCCAAGAGCGAGAGCUUUGAGACCACGUUCACCGAGAGCAAGGACGCGGCGUCGGACGGAGCGCUGACGGAAAGCAGUGCGCAAGGAGAGAAGGACGUGAAGAUCCAGACGGUGUCGUACGAGGUGGAGGACGAGCAGGGACCCGAGUAUGAGAGCGACAGCUCCAGUGACAGCGAGAGCGAGGACAACUUCAUCGUGCUGCCCCCCCGGGACUACCUGGGCCUCGCCAUCUUCUCCAUGCUCUGCUGCUUCUGGCCCUUGGGCAUCGUUGCCUUUUACUUCUCUCACAAGACUGGCAAGGCCAUCGCUAAAGGAGACUUCUCCAGAGCGGGGAUGACCUCCAGAAGAGCCGUGUUCCUGGCUGCUCUUUCCAUUACCAUCGGAACGGGGAUGUAUGUGGGGGUGGUAGUGGCUCUCAUCGCCUACCUGUCCAAGCCUGGACGUGUAUAACAUUGGAUCCAGUUUGCUUGAGGAGAGGG